AUGAUGAAGAUCGAGUGCCUCCUCAACCCUCUCGGAGCCGACCACGGAGGAACAGUCUCUCCUUCACUACCGUCGUCCCCUUUCCUGUCGACGACGACGACGACGUCGCCCACGCCGACACCGACGCCGCCAGAGCGACCGCAGCAGCAGCAGCAGCCGCCUCCCAAGUCACGCCCGAAGCCGUCCAAGACGGCGGCCGUCUUCAUCAAGGGCCGGGCCAAGGGCGAGGUGCGCUACCCGCCGUUCGAGAACGUCGACGAGUACGAGCUGCACCGAUACAGGAUCUUUCCACGGCGGCUGGAGCACAUCAAGGAAUAUCCGCGGCACAUACCGUACAACAGCGAGAAGAAGUCGUUCCUGGCGAAGACCGGGCGCGAGGCGUUCGAAGUCUUCCAAUACACGUUCAAAGUCCCCGGCGACGAGCACGAGUACGUCGUCAUGUGGGACUACAACAUCGGCCUCGUCCGCAUCACGCCCUUCUUCAAGUGCUGCAAGUACUCCAAGACCACCCCCGCCAAAGUCCUCACCCUCAACCCGGGCCUCAAAGAAAUCUGCCACAGCAUCACCGGCGGCGCCCUCUCCGCCCAGGGCUACUGGAUGCCCUUCGCCGCCGCCCGCGCCGUCGCCGCCACCUUUUGCUGGCGGAUCCGGCACGCGCUGACGCCGCUGUUCGGGCCGGGCUUCGCUGCGACGGCGGCGACGGAUGACGACGCUCGUCGUGGUACUGGUGGUGCUGCUGCUACUGGGUGCAUACCGCCCAAGCAUCCGGCGUUUGGCGGGUUCAGGAUCGAUCCCGGCAUCGUGGCGAGGUGCGCGGAGGAGACGAGGGCGUGGACGGCGGCGGCGGAGGCGACGGCGACGGCGAUGGCGAUGGCGGGGGAGGAUGGUGAGGGGGAGGUGUUGCUGCUGCAGGGGAUUCCUCCUGCUGUAGGCGGCGGUGGGCGCUCGUCGAUGUCGACUGGCUCGCCUCCGGCUGCUAUGCGUUUGACGGCGCCGGUUUGGGGGGCGCCGGAGGUGGCGGCGGCGGUGCUGCCGUUGUCGAGCAGCGACGGCUAUAGGUCGUUGAGGCGGCAGCAGCAGCGGCGGCCGCAGUCGUCGUCGUCUUCAUCGUCUUCAUCGUCGUCGUCAUCAUUGUCGUCUUCGUUGCUGUUGUCGUCGUCGCCGGGAGCGCAGUAUCAGGCACCACUUCAGCAGCAGCAGCAGCAUCAGGCACGCAACCCGCACUGGUCGCCCGAGAGUGGGUACUGCAGCGACCUCGACAGCAACAGGUAUCGCCGCGGCGGGAUCGAGUCGCCUCAAGUCUCGCCGACGACCCAGGUCGCGCAGUGGGCGAGCGUGAAUGGUGGGCCGAUCGGCGGUAAUGGCAAUGGUGGCUACUACCACCAUCAUGUGGCGCAUGUCACGCCGACGCUGUCAUCGCCUUUUGCUGGAUCAACCCGUCUCCAUCAUCAUCAGCAUCAUCAGGGUCCGACGUCCUCGCCGAUGGUACAGGCGCAGGCGCAGGCGGUGCCGAUGCUGCACCAGCCGUUUCUGCCGCGGCCUUACCUGCCGCCGCCGCCGCCGCCGCCGACGCCGCAGGAAGUGUUUGGGCAAAGUGCGUUUGCUGCCAAACGGCGGAUCUCGAGGGUGGUGGAGGAGGAAGAGGAAGAGGAGCACGAGAGCCAGGAAGAUGACGAUGAGACUGUGUCUGCUUGGAGUGCGACGGCGGCAGAGACCCGGUGCGACGGUACUAGCUCCGAGACGGGGAGUCCGAAGGUAUCGAGGGGGGCGGACGUGAAAGCGGCAAAGAUGCUGCUGGCUCUACGUGGUGGCGAGGCUGGCGGGUCGCCGGCGCUCUCGAGUCAUCGUGAGAAGCGGCUGCGUCGUGCUUCGAACUGA